AUGGCGAUUAUCAACUCGAGCCGUUCAGAUAUGCCACGACAAGAGUCACUUCCAUCGUCAUUAAUACAACUCUACAAAUCUCGGUCAACAACUUCUCUCCCAUCAAGGCUUACUGUCAGAUCCCCUGGUUCACCAUCUCGUUCAUUCCACAUUCCAAAUUCCCCACUCAGCGUAUAUAAUAUUCCUGAAAAUGAUAUCGAAAAUAUAGAAUCCAGUUCUUUUCAAGCGUCACGAAUAAAUGAGAAUGAUGACAACAAAAUCCAUCAUCAUGAAAAACCCACAUUAAUUUUCCGGAGACGACACACUCACCGUCAUUCCGUAGGCCCAAUUGAACUUAAAGAUUCGUCUUGUGCUUUCGAAUGCUGUGGAAAAUCUUUAGUCGAUAGUUUGAAUCAACUUUCUCAAGGAAAUAUUUAUACCAUUGUCAAGUGUACAAAACAUAAUGAUGAUAGGUCGGAAAAAAAGACAACACAAUGGGGAUUUUUUAAGAAGCUUUCUAGUACAUUUAAAAAAUUGAAAGGAGGCAAGAAAGAAAAGGUGAUUUGUGGAACUGGUAAAUAUUCAGAAACCAUAACGGUUAAGAGAAUAAAAGAUGGAAAGAAGAUGGUUGUAAAACGCGUUGAUAAGGAAAAAUUAACACCAAUGGAGUAUUUCACAAAUGCUCACGAGACUAGUUGCACAUGUAGAUCAUGUCGAGGACUUUUGCAAACCGAAUCAACACAACUUAUACGACGCACACGAUCCACUCUUACAUUGUCCGCACACAUAAAACCUCGAUCAAAUUCAGUAUCAUCCGAUCCAUCUCCUAUACAGAAAAAAGAUAUUAACUUUGCAUACAGAUCGGCAUCAUUACCAAUUUCAACUUCACCCAUAUCUGAAAAUGGUAUUGUGCAAGAUGUUCGUGAGUUGGCAAAUUCACCUAGGACAUCAGUCAUAAACUAUAACAACCCCCCAAAUACAUCCAAUCCGCAAACUUCCAUAUUGAUAGGUCAAAGAGGAGAGUCUUCAAAUUCACUAUCAAUUUCAACUUUAUCAUCACCUUCAUUACAAGGGGUGCCAUUGGAACUUAAACUUUUAUCAGUGCAUAGUACGGACGGUUUACCAAAACUUGUAACAUAUUUUAGUGAUGAGAGGUAUUAUUAUUAUAUUACAAAAUUGCAUGGCGUUAAACAACGCAAAUGGAAGAAACCAAGAAGUUGGCAUUUAAAAAAGUAUUGUGAUGUUUAUUGGGACGAAUAUGUUUUAUGUUGA